UGCUUCCAAUAUCGACUCCCCUCAGAUGCCAGACAAAGCCAAACCUUUGAGAUUUUUACAUACGUUCACGCCUUAAAAUGGUAUUAUUUUGCGUUAAUCAACGGCAAGCAAAUUGAUUAUGCUUUUGAUAAUUAAACUUUAACAAAUAUAACAUUGCUUCUUGCAGUUAACCUGUUUUUUUAUACAUUUUAAACACUAUUAAGUUUUACUGUAAACUGAUGUAUGCAUAAAAUUGGAAGUGUUUAUUGGCCUCAAAAAAAAAAAAAUGUAUUUAUAGAGCAUAGUAAUAAGUUACGGAAUAAGGGAGAAAAUAUGACUAGAACUUAUGGCGAACUCCAUAAAUGACUAACUGGUAACUGUCAUCAGUACGGCAGCAGAAUCCAGCGGCUUCAAAACACACCAAUGGCAAAAUGGCGCAAGUGGGGUCACCUCGAGCAAUUCUGACAUUAUGGGCGUUGUGUGCGUGUGUGUGCUUUGUGUAUGUGGAGCGGACACUCUAAGUGAUAGUGCCAACACUGAAACUCGCCAGGGUGGCCAAACCACAGUGCUUCACGAGCCCAUCUCUCAUAAAAAACACAGUCCUAAGCCCUUGCUCACCACGGAUGAUGUGGAUGAACAGCAAAGCACAGACAGCCUCUCAAGCAGCAGCAGCAAGACGGAGUGGCGGACCAAAAGUAGUAGUAGUAGUAGCAGCAGCAGCAGUAGUGGAGCGCCGGUGAGGGAGACAGCCAGUAAGAGGAAUAUCAGCAGUCAGGGGCGUGGAGCCACUGCUCAGGAGCUGAAGUCAGCUACUUCCCUGGCAGGUAAUCUGCUGCUGCUGCUUAUAUCCGUGGUCAUCGCUGGCUCCCUCUUCGUGAUGCUCCUCUGCUUCAUCCAUAAGUGGAAGGAAAACAUGGGCACUACGCGGUACCCGCGGGUGGUGUACUCCAUGCUUCGUCAGAGUGAGGACGAGCCUGAGGAUGUGUUAGGCGAGAUCCUCAUCAACAUUGGACUAGCUGCACCCGAGGACUCGAGGCCACUCACACCGUCUUCCUCAGAGACUUCUGAUUCGCCGGAUGUGUCUGACCAUGAGGUGAACAUCAAUGACCUUGAUGGGUCGAAGUUCACUACGAUUCCUUUAAGGGCAGACGAGGCUGCUAAGAGAUUCAUGACCCCAGAACCUGAUGAGUCAGAUGAGGAGCUACUGCAGUAAGUGUUCUUCCAAGAAAAUCAUCUCUACAUAUCUUGCUGCAAGAUGGUAUUAUUCCUGUGCCACAGCUAUGUGAAUUGCAUGAAAACUAGAAAAAAUAAAAUACAAAAUAAGAGAGUAGCACUGAACCUGUAGAACUAAGGUGAAUAAGAAAGAAUGAGUAGAGAAACUGAGUACAUAAUGAGCAAAACCUUUCAAUAAAGGUGUUUAUAUAACUUCCGAGCGCAAACAGUACUGCUAUCUUGAGAGAGUCUAAGGUAUCAGCUUAUCAAUUAUAUGAAAUGUGUAUUAUGUAUACAGUACAAUCAUGCGUGUCCAUUUCUACUUAUUGCAUAUCCCUGUUGUCAAACAAAUUUUCAGUGGUGUAAUAGAAGUUUAGAUUUAGGACCUUUUCCCUCCCUCAUUCUUAGGAAUUAAAAUGCACAAAAUACUAGAUGUUUAGAAAAAGAAUUAAAGUGGAAAUAAUUACAAAUAUCCUGCUUGGAAUCAGUUUAUAUUCAAAUGUGCUAUGUGGAUUGUUUGUAGCAACUGUAUAUACUGUUAGCCAUAUUUUACUUGUAGUAUCAUAUUGUUUAUUUGCAUUCCACUUGGUUUUAUUUCAUGUUCCAAAGCUGGACUGUCAGCUUCCUUAGGACACUUUUGUCAUCCAUCAUUUUUCCGUCCGGUAAUCAGGUUGUUUAGCACAAGACAGGUAUUAAGCAAUCAAUUUCAGUCCAUUGUAAUAAUCAUUGAAACUGAUAAGAGUACAGAAUUGGCUUGAUUAUUUUCUACUUAUGGUUCCUCUUUUGUAGGUCAUGACACUACAUCUGAAAAGGUCUUCAAUGUGAUUUUUUUUAUUUGCUGAUAAAAUGCAAAAGGUAGUAGAGUAUGUAUGAUGGUACAAUAUGAAACGACAUUAAGACAUACAGAUUACAGUUAUUUCAUGCAGUUGUUGUAAAAUAAGUACAAUUACUGAAUACUGUUUUAUCAGUCACAGGAUUAUGCAUGGAAAGUCAACUCGGAGGAAGUUGUGCAAUAAAUAAAAUUUAGGUUAUUGACAAUAUUUUAAAUUUGUUGGUCAAAAUUUAAUUAACACCAUUUCUAUAAUAUGCAAAAAGCUAAUGCACCAAGAUUUAUGUUUUACUUUACAGUUCUUAAUUACCUAGGUUUGAUAUAUGGGUCUUGUAACUGAUUCUCAAGUUUCCAACAUAAGAAAGCGAAAGUAAAAUGUGGGCCUUACAUCAAGAGUCUGAAAUUGACUCAUUUAAAGAAGAUCCAAUUUGUAAGCACAUUUUAAGAGGAUGAAAAUGCAAUUGGUUCUUUUCAAAUUGGACCUUGUUAUAUGAUUAUAUCAAAGGUAUAAUACUAAGAAAACUUAUAUUGAUGGAGGCAUUACAAGCAAAAACGAAAUAAAGAUGCAGUGCUCAUUAUUAAAAGCAUGUACAGUGUGUGUGUGUGUGUACGUGCGUGCGGUCAAGGGGUAGAAGCUGGGAGGAAAUGUCUGAUUAUAUUAAAGAAUUAAACAUUGUCAAAUGUUUAUAGAUGCAAAGUGGAUGAAUGUACAGCUUAAAUUUGCAAGACAAGUGCAAUACUAAUUUUUAUUUGAAUGUGACAAAAAAAACAGCUCAAUUUUGCAAACAAAAACAUCAGUGGAAUGAAAGUUAAUUUGAAAAACAAGAAGUACUAUAGGGAUCAAACAUGGAAUUACUUGGUUAUAUCUCCUGCAUGUUACCAGCCAUGCAACUACAGUAACCUGGAAUUUAUGUAAUUGUAACAUUGUAUCUGUAAGAAUUGAGACUGGCUCUUAGCUAGCUAGCAUUUACUGGCUCCUUGCCUCUUAAGACUCCAUCAUACCUACUCUUGAAACUCUGUAAAGAAUAUGCUUCCACUGCCUUUUCUAUAGCUUAUUUUCGUUUUUUACUUUCUGAUGCACGUAAUCCAUGGAACUUGAGCUGCCUUACCUUUCCUUGGAUUGAACCUAUUCCCUCUCAUUCCCUAGGCACAGUAUGACCCUUAUAGGUUUACUGUUCCAAAUGAAUAUACAUACAGAUAAUCAGUGUUUAUCAUCAUCACUUCUUUACACAAAUAACCCGCACAUAAAAGAGAGAAAUUUUACGACGACGUCGUCGUAAAGCUUCUCUCUUUUAUGUGCGGGUUAUUUGUGUAUCGUUCCAGUCACGGUAUUGUGCCUUUUUUGUUAUUCAUCACUUCUUUAGUUUUAGAGUGGUAAUGACUAUUUCAAAUUACUGUACAUAUGCAAUAAUUUGAAAGCCCACAACAAGCUCCUCAAAUUUCCAUCUAUCUUAUUCCUACCUCUGAGUUUAUAUACUGACUGCUGCUUGCCUUAUGUGACCAUCCUGUUUACCUCAUUUACUUUGUCCCACCUUUUUUUUUUCUUUUUCCUUUCUACCAUAUUCCAAAUCAAUUCCGUACCUGCUUUAGGAACCUUAUUGCCAGCCAAUUUUGUGUUAUGUGCUAAAUCUCACUAGAAACGAGUCAGUCUCUGUCACCAUUAAAAACACAGUGCUCUCUACAAAUCCAUCAGAGUUAUGGUACCAGAGGCUCCAAUCAAUCUAAAAAUUGUGAAUGUUACCACUAAAUGAUGACUGAAUAAUAUGCUUACUCCAGCUACAGUUUUUGCAAGCUUUUCACACUUCAUAGUUUUUCCCACUUUUAAGUUCUGCCUCCCACCUGUUGCCAAGUCACAAAAUCUUUAGAUUGAACAUGCUGGAACUCCAAAAGGUAGCUUAUACACAAUGCCGUGGUCCCAGGUACAGUUCCUGCAGUACUGGUUGAUUUUCAUGACUACAUUAAAGCCUAUGAAGUUAAUUAUAACAGUUGCUAUGAAUGCUGUUGUAAUGGCAAAUCACAAAUAUACUGUAUUAAUAAAGAAAAAUCACA